AUGGUGAGAAGAUUGCCGAACCGUCGUACUCGUACCUGCACACCAGGGGCGAUGUCCACCGGAGAAGAUCGUAGCUCUCGCUCUGCCGCUCGUCACGUACCGCUUCCGUCGUUGUUCUCAUUGGCUCCUAACCUCGGCGAGGCGGCGCCGGACUCCGACGGGCCGCCAGCAGGGGACGAAAUGGACGGCGCCCGGCCCGGACAUGAAUGGCUCCCGUGAAAAACUCAAGAGUUCCUGUUUCCUCCGUCCGAUGGAACAGCUUCUUCUUUUCUUAUAGGUUCACUGUUCGUAGACCGCCGCUCCAAAUCCUGUGGAGGCUGCUUUGAGCUCACGUGGCCCGGUCCGACAACGUGGAUCUCGAGCGCCGGCGGCGGCAGCGAGCGCGCCAGCGGCCCGCUCGGGUCGCAGUCCCGGUCGCCAACUCGGCGUGCUCCUCCGCCGCGCGCUGAAAACCAUUGGUCUCUGACGUCCGGCCCCGUCUCGUCCUGCCUGCCUGCCUGCCUGUCCACGGGCGUCGCGUCGGGCGGGGAAGAAAACAACGCGGGGGCUUCGCUUAUCUACGGCGCCGCGCGGCGCGGCACGGCACGGCUCGUGCUCGCUUCCCUGUUCUCUUCCGCUCCGUCCCAUCGCGUGCGUGCCAGCUGCUCUGCUCAGCCGCGGCCGCGGCCGCAGCUGCCCGGGAACACAAGGAAGAAGAUGGCCAUUACCGGGGCGGACGGCGACGGCUCGGCGGCCUCGCUGCCGGGCCUGGAGCACCCCCUCCUGCACGCCUACGAGGCGCGCAAGGACCCCGCGCCGGCGGCGGACCCCGACCACGAGGCGCAAUGUUCCGGCCCGGAGGCCGCCGCCGGCGCCAGCUUCGUGCGCACCUGCUUCAACGGCCUCAACGCCCUCUCCGGCGUCGGGCUCCUGUCCAUCCCCUACGCGCUGUCGGAGGGCGGGUGGCUGAGCCUGGCGCUCCUGCUCGUCGUCGCGGCGGCCUGCUGCUACACGGGCCUGCUCCUGCGGCGGUGCAUGGCCGCCGCCUCGUCCCCGGCCGCGCGGGGGUACCCGGCGAUCGGCGAGCUCGCGUUCGGCCGCGCCGGCCGCCUCGCCGCGUCCGCGUUCCUCUACGCCGAGCUCUACCUCGUCGCCGUCGGCUUCCUCAUCCUGGAGGGGGACAACCUGGACAAGCUGUUCCCGGGCGCCAGCCUCGGCCUCGGCCUCGUCGCGGUCUCCGGGAAGCAGCUCUUCGUCGUGCUCGUCGCCCUCGUCAUACUGCCCACCACGUGGCUCCGGAGCCUCGGCGUGCUCGCGUACGUGUCGGCCAGCGGCGUCCUCGCGUCGGCCGUCGUCGUCGUCUGCGUGCUGUGGACCGCGGUGGCGGACGGCGGCGUCGGGUUCCGGGCGCAGGGGAGGAUGCUCAACGUCGGUGGCCUGCCGACGGCUCUGGGCCUGUACACCUUCUGCUACUGCGGCCAUGCCAUCUUCCCGACGCUCUGCAACUCCAUGAAGGAAAACAAGAAGUUCUCCCGGGUGCUUGUCAUCUGCUUCGCCGCCUGCACCCUCAACUACGGAUCCAUGGCGAUCCUCGGGUACAUCAUGUACGGCGACGACGUCAAGUCCCAGGUGACGCUGAACCUGCCGGAGGGGAGGAUCAGCUCGAAGCUGGCCAUCUACACGACGCUGAUCAACCCGUUCUCCAAGUACGCCCUGAUGGUGACGCCGCUCGCGGCGGCGGUGGAGGAGAAGCUGCUCACCGCCGGCACCAAGAGCAAGAGGUCCUCCAGCAUACUGAUCAGGACCCUCCUCGUCGUCAGCACGGUGGUCGUCGCGCUCGCCGUGCCCUUCUUCGGCCACCUCAUGGCGCUCGUGGGCUCGCUCCUCAGCGUCAUGGCCUCGAUGCUGCUCCCCUGCGUCUUCUACCUCAAGAUCUUCGGCGUGGCGCGGUGCGGCAGGGCGGAGGUCGCGCUGAUCGCCGCGAUCCUCGUCCUUGGCUCCCUGGUCGCCGCCACGGGGACGUACUCUUCUCUGAAGAAGAUUGUUCACGAGUUCUGAAGAAGGCAUGGCCGUUUCAGCAGAUGUGUCUCGGACAAUUGCAAGAUGUUGUCGGUGAGGCAGGGGAACAGGGAUGAUCUGCUGACGAGACACGAGAGGAGCAGGGUGUCUGCUUAGAUAUGGGGAUAUGUUUGCUAUCCCAUCUCGAUGCAUGUACUUCUUUUGCAAGAGAAGCAUGUAGUCAUUUGCCAUUGUAGGAGGCUAGGAGCCUUAUUAGGUGGACACUCUUAAUGAAAUCUGCUCCGAGAAGCAAGUAAAAUGAGGAGCUUGUUCCAUUGUACUAGUUGUGGGAAGAGCACUGUCGCUUUCUACUUUCAGAAGUUCAGGCAAACAUACUCAUGGGACCAAUUUCAUCUUAAAGAACUAGUGGAGAAACUGAAUUAGAAUCUUUCUCUGAGA